AUGGCCAAAUUGACUAGGUUCAAGCUUGUGCUUUUAAAUAUUUCUGGAGCGUUGUAUACUGCAGUGGCUAUUACUGGCAUUGCUUUUAUUAAUCUUUAUUGGACAUGCCCAGAUAUUAAUGAAGAUGGUGAUUGUUUCUGGCCAAGUAUAUUUGCUGUGAUAAUUCUUAUUGAACUUUUUGCCAAUUUAAUUCUUUUUCAUUAUUACAAUAAAAGAAAUCAGGUUCAAUAUUGGACAGCCAAAAGCAGUUCCCUUCUUGAUGGACGUGGCUUUGAACAAAGGGCCGACUAUGCGUUAAAUGGACAAUUUAUUGCUAAAAAAGGAAAUGUCUCAUUGUCAAUGCAAAAUGGAACAUUACCUGUAUCUUCGCGUGCUGAACAAACACCUAAAAGUUUUACUAAAUACGCGAUUUGCGAGGAUGGUACUUAUGUUGGCUUAGAUUCUCUUAGAGAAGAGCUUCAUGGUGCUUUUUCGGAUAAAAUUAAUAAUAAUAAUUCUCCUUGUAAAUAUUGCCAUCAAUGCAAACAGGUUGUUCCCCGUCGUUGUCAUCAUUGCCCUCUAUGUGGAAUUUGUGUUCUUCGAAAAGACCACCACUGUCUUAUGUUAGGUGGUUGUGCAGGACUUGCAAAUCAGCGAUAUUUCAUAGUUUUUCUCUUUUGGGCAUCGCUUGGGGCGAUUUAUGGUUCUUACUUUAACUUUGUGUUUUUGAAUAAACAUAUGAUGUAUUGGUUUCCUUAUGGUUGGCUUUGCUUUUUAGGACCGGUUUCAAUGAUUCGUUGGGUGCUUGGCUGGGAGACGGCAUUCAAUAUGGGUAUGGCAGUUCUUUUUUCUUUCUCUUUUGCCUCAACACUCGGAGCCUUUGGAUUUUUUGUUUUCCAGAUGAUUUAUACUUUGAAUGGCUGCACAAUGUACGAUUAUCACCACUCUGGCCCAAAAAGAAUUGAAAGUGACGGUGAAAACUGUGCUGAAAGAUUGGCGCUUGUUUUUGGGCGAAGGUGGUGGCUAAAUUUAAUUAUUCCACAAUUUUGGAUUCCAAAUCAGAUGAAUGAGUCAAUAGCUAGAAAUAUUUUCUUAAGCGUGUCCAAAGACCUGUGA